CCUCUCUCCAGGUCACCAGUCACCGUAGAAAGUCAAACCACCUCGGCACAGUUCAAUAUCUCCUACAACAUUCCCUAUAACGUGACCAUCAGAGCAGUUAACUGUGUUGGCAGUAGCCGUGACAACAUGGUGAUGAUCCCUUCUAUUGCCACACUGACAUCCAACUUCUCCGUGGCUUGUCCUGAUGACACUGUCACCUUCACUUGCACUCUGCCUGGAAGUAGUUUUAUUCAAUGGGCAAUCAUGCAAGGAAAUGUUAUAAGCACUAUAACAUUAGAUGCCUCAUCAAGAGACAGGAAUGAAGGUGCAUUUCAUGGUGUUCUCACUGACUCAAGUGGAGGAAUGCUCACUGCCACUCUCACCUCACUGUCUGAUGCCUCAACUGUGGAGGGCACUAUGGUGGAGUGUGUGGGACUGAGCUCACGAGAGGGUCCUCUCACCAUCACUGUGGCUGAUCCACCCUCACGUCCACUCAAUCCAAGAGUGUCAUUCACUCUAAACCAACCCAGCUCCUCUGUUAUCACUCUGGAGUGGGACCCUCCCUCUUCUACUGGUGGUGUGUCUGUCAGCUACGUCCUCACCAUCUCCCAAACACCUCUCUCCGGGUCACCAGUCACCGUGGAGACCACCUCCACACAAAUCACCAUCUCUUACAACACAUCCUACAAUGUGACCAUCAAAGCUGUCAACUGUGCUGGAAUGAGUCAAAAAACUUCAAUUGUUGAUUUGAUUGUGUGCCCCACAACAUCUACUGCUGCUGGUGUUACUAUCACCAACGCACCUCCUGUCACUAUUAGUGGAUCCAUGCUCACCUUCACUUGCAGUGGAGACAAUGAAGUGAUAACCUCAACCUGUGACAGUAGUGGGUGGUCUCCUGACCCUGGGACCUUUGACUGUAGCAUCUCAGUUACAGAUCCCCCAGUCACCUGUGGUUUUCCUGCUGCACCGUCUAGAGGCAGUUUGGACAUCAGUGAAAGGCUACCACCCUUCUUACUGGGUUCACAGGUCAUCUACCGGUGUGAUGAGGGACUGUUCCCCCCUGAUGUGAGGACCAGCACAUGCACUGAUGUGGGGGGUAGGGGAGAGUGGGUGGAGAAUCCUGGGAGCUUGGUGUGCAGGGAGAGGCCAGCCAACUGCUCUCUUCCUCUUGAGCCAUGCAAUGGUGCCAUAGUGGACUAUGAGAGGUUGAAUGAGAUAGUGUCGGAGGGAACAGUGCUGACUUACCAGUGUGACAGUAGACUCUCACUGACUGGACCCAACAACGUCACUUGCACUAAUGCUGGAGUCUGGAGCACAGAGCCCGAGGCAAUCAUUUGUGUACUUAUGACUGAAGUUUCUACUGUCGCUCCUUUGUUCUCCACUUCUGCAACUGUCGCUAUCAGUGUGGUCAUCACUUUCAUUGUCACUCUAGUCAUUGGAUUCCUCACUGGACUCCUAGUGAUGCAUGUUUUCUCUCGUAAGAAGGCAGUGUACUCCCCGGCAACUGAAGGACAAGCUAACGUAGGACCCACUACACUAGCUGGUCCUGUUUAUGAAGAGGUGUCACCCACAGAGGAGAUUGAACUGAACACUAACCAGGCGUAUGGACCAGUAGGACUGUGAACCUCGUUCACUCUUUAUUUUAAUAUUCAAUAGCAAUAAAACUUUUAUUAUUAUACCGUGGUUUUUCUGACUUCCUCAAUCGAGUAAUAAAAUCUUUUGAACCAAACUCGAAAGUUAUUAUAACUACGCCUC